AUGAAUGGGAUGGCCAACGUGAAUUCCGCCAGCCGCCCCCACUAUGCCUCCUCCAUCCCCGUGCCCCGAGCCUCUUCCCAGACCAGGAUUCAUACCCCAGGAGCCUCUCCUCAGCUGCCACCCCGCCAGGCUGGCCUGGCCCUCAGUCCUCACAGAGCAGCUUCUCCAAGGCUGGGCAAGGCUGCAGGCUCUUCCAGAAACUCCUCCCCCAAAGCCUCCCAGGGAAGAGGCUCCCCCAGAGUUGCUGCAGGACCAGUGAAGGAACUGACUGAGGAUGGCAAAAGCCUCCCUAGCUCCCCCUGGAGCAGCCCCAAGGUCACCCCAAAAGCAUCCCUGUCUAGCCAUGCUGGGCCCCGAAGAACAGGGGAGACACCAGGCACCCAGAGAAAGAAGAAGACUCAGGAAGGAAUCGUGAUCCACCAGGCCCGGGGCCGGAGCCCACCUCCAACCAGUUCCCAUGGAGAAACUCCAACACUGAGGGCUCCAGAGGGUCGAAGGCCUCCUGGCUGCCCAGGGAAAGAUCCAAGAGACAUAAACUACAAAAGCUCUGGAGUCUCUAGGUCUUCAGAAGCAGAUGAAGGGGCAGCUUCAGAGUCUUCCUCUCCUGCGUGUAGCCCUGCACACAGCAAGUGGCCCUCCUCCACCCCCGGGGUCAUCAACUUCUCCUCUGUCCAUCAGCAAAGUCAGCCCGUCACUGCCACCGUGGCCCCCUUCCAGUACAGGUUGCAGACAGACCAGGACCUGGACCCUCUCCCCCAGGGCAGCUGGGCUCUUGAUGGCUACUCCAGGACCCCUGGCAGGAUUGAGGGAGGCUUCUACAUUGCAUCCAUCUGGGACAACGUAAAGAUCCAGGAGUUGGGACAAGAGGUCGUGGUGACGCUUGUGGCAGCUGUUAACGCUGAUUGUAGCUUUCUGUGA